AUGCUCCGCAGGUCUUUGACUACAACGUCAUUCGCGUUCCGCAGAUCCUUCACCACCACCGCUCGUCUCCGCGCGACAAACGACAAACCCCCAGCUAAGAAGCCAACCUCGCGACAACCGCCGCGUCCUCGCGAUGAACACCAGUCCAAAGAGAAUACGAGGAAUGGACAAGAAGAAAGCGUGUUAGACAGGAUGAAGGCCGAAUUCGAUCCGAAAUCACCGCACUCCACACUAGGUUUUGCGAACCCAAAACUCUCGUCUGAGCAGCGGUCAAGAAAUCUGUUCCUGGUCACACUGGCCACAUUCUUUGCGUUUGUCACCGAGCCAUUGAUGAUAUCUGCGGAGCAAGACGAGUGGUUCCCGAGUCGUGAGGCGUUUUUGGCAGACCUGAUAACGUCCACUGUCAUACAAUCGCGCAAAGAACAAGACAAGGAGUCACGCAUAGCUGGCCUAUGA